UAGUCUCAAAGCGCAACCACAGUUUAAAUCAAACAAAAUGAAAUUCGUUAUUGUUUUUGUUGCUCUCUUCGCUGUCGCCUUCGCCGCCCCAGCCGAUUCUGAUGCGCAAGUCCUGCGUUUCGACUCCGACGUGAAAGCCGAUGGAUUCAACUACGCUUAUGAGACUAGCAACGGUAUUAAGGAAGAUGCCUCUGCCGUCCUUAACAAUGUCGGAAGCGAAAACGAGGCCAUUGCUGUCCGUGGCUCAUACAGUUUCGUUGCUGAUGAUGGCGUAACCUACACCGUCAACUACAUCGCCGAUGAGAACGGUUUCCAACCUCAGGGCGCUCAUUUGCCCGUUGCCCCAGAAGCUUAAGUUGCUUACUAAUUAACUAAUUUGUUUUUGUUUUAAAAAUCCGUACAAAUUCCCCAAAACUUUGUUGUCCCCUCCUACCAAUCCUGAUCCUAGUCGUC